AUGAAGGGCCACGAAUGCUGCGGCGAAGUGGUUUCUGUAGGGCGCAAAGUUACCAAAUUCAGGCCUGGUGAUAUGGUAUCGGUGGUAUGCGUUGCUGGUUGCGACAAGCCUGCAUGUUCAGAGUGUAUGCAUGGCUCGAGUCACAUCUGCACAUCUCCGGGAGUUCAACGAUACGGUCUGGGACAAGACGGAGCUUUCGCGCCGUAUAUCGCGGUCAGGGAAUCCGCCGCUGUCAGAGUGCCACAUGGCAUUGAUGCGCCUAUGGCGGCGGUCGCAACGGACGCGGUCUUGACUGCCUAUCAAGCAGUCGUUGGACGGGGCAAGGUCAGCGCGGACGAGACUGUUCUCCUUCUGGGCCUGGGGGGUUUGGGGUUCAAUGCAUUGCAGAUUUUGCUUCAUAUUGGCGCCAGGUGCAUCGCGUUCGACAAAAGGCAGCUUGUUCUGGACGAAGCAGUCAAGUUCGGAAUCGCUCUAGACGACGUCAUUCCUGCAGAAACGCAGGACAUCCCACAAUGGCUCAAGGAUCGCAAUGUCAGGAUUGAUAAAGCGAUAGACUUUGUCGGAUCCCCAGCGACAUUUUCGGCAUCUGUUGAAGCCGUACGACCAGGAGGUACAAUCGUCCUCGUCGGUCUCAUAGGGCCGUCUCCGACUUUGAAUUCCCUGUUGGCGAUCCGGAAGCAACUAAGCAUCCUUUGCAGCUUUGCAGGCUCAACUGAAGUAUUACAGGAGGUCUUGGAUCUAAUAGCCCAGGGGGCGAUCAAGCCACAAGUGAUCACGAGGCCUUUGUCAGAGCUGGCGCAAGUGCUAGAUGAUCUCCAUGCAGGCAAGAUCAAAAGUAGAGUGGCUUUGAUCCCGGGAGGUUGA